CUGUUAUGUAAUUUACCCCAACCAAAAAUGGCAGGAAAGUAGCGAAAAGAGAAAUUAAGAGCGAAAACAAAAACGAAUCAGCACUUCUUCUUCAUCAUCAGAGUUCCAUACAAAGAGAGGAGGAAGGAGAGCAAACAACUUCUAUGUAUUCUUUAACUGUGAACUACCCACUACUAUAUAGAACAUGCCUCUUCUCUUUCUUUAUCUGCUCGUUCUUCUCUCUCUCCCUCUCCGAUCCUCGAAUCACCGAAUCCGGCCUCUUCUGCGGCAACUCAACACGUCUCAGGGACCUUGUCCCUGCUUUUGUUAAGGAAAUGGAAGCUCUUUCGCAGCUCAUAAACAAUACCCACUUUGCUACUUACCACCUCAACAACUCCCCUGUUCCUAUCUACGCUUUAACCCAGUGCCACGGAGACCUCUCGCAGACUGAUUGCCUCCUCUGCUACGCCGCCUCUCGCACCAAGAUCCCCCGUUGCCUUCCCUCCGUCUCUGCUCGCAUUUAUCUUGAUGGGUGCUUUCUUCGUUAUGAUAAAUAUGAUUUCUUUCAGGAGGCUGUGUCCCUUUCUCUUGAUACUUUCAAAUGUAGCCAGGAAAAUUUUUCUGGUUCUGGUGAUGAGAAUGGGAAGUUGAAGUUUGAUUCGAGUGUUGGGUAUGCGGUUGCUAAUGUGACUAGUAAAGCUGUGGAGAAUGGUGGGUUCGCUGUGACGGGGAUUGAUGGUGUUUAUGCUUUGGCUCAGUGUUGGGAGAGUGUCGGGAAAAAUGGGUGUGUGGAGUGUUUGGAGAAGGCAGUAAAGGAGGUUAAAGGGUGCUUGCCAAGCAAGGAAGGCAUAGGGAUGAAUGCUGGCUGCUAUUUGAGAUACUCCACGGACAAGUUCUUUAGUCAUGAAGGAGAACUAGGGGAUGCUCACGGAUUGUCAGGAGUUGCCAUUGCUAUUGCUUUAGCAGCAGCUGCACUCCUCAUGCUGUCUCUCCUUGCAGCUUAUGCUGGCUAUAGAAAAUUAUUGAAGGAAAAAGAAGAACGUAUCAAUCUCAAAAAAGUUCCAAUCAGUUUCAACAAAUCAGGGUUGAAUUUCAAGUAUGAGACCCUGGAAAAGGUGACAGAUUAUUUCAAUCCGUCAACGAAAAUAGGCCAAGGAGGAGCUGGUUCUGUAUUUGUAGGGACUCUUCCAGAUGGGCAGACUGUUGCAGUUAAAAGAUUGAUUUUCAAUACAAGACAAUGGGUGGAUGAGUUCUUCAAUGAGGUAAACUUAAUCAGUGGAAUUCAACACAAGAACCUUGUGAAGUUUUUGGGAUGUAGCAUUGAAGGUCCCGAGAGCCUUCUGGUUUAUGAAUAUGUCCCUAACAAGAGCCUCGAUCAGUUCAUCUUCGGAAACAAUAAAACCAGAACUCUAAAUUGGAAGGAGCGGUUCAAUGUAAUUGUUGGAACGGCUGAGGGGCUUGCAUAUCUUCAUGGAGGUUGUCAAGAGAGAAUAAUCCACAGGGACAUUAAAAGCAGUAAUAUUCUUCUUGAUGAGAAUCUCACUCCAAAGAUUGCAGAUUUUGGACUUGUUCGGUGUUUUGGUGCUGAUAAGACUCAUCUUAGCACUGGAAUUGCAGGAACAAUUCCUCUUCACAGGCAUCUGAUCAAUGGUGGAUAGAGUAACAAUUCGAUAUCGAUGAUGGGAUUUUUUUUUUCAAUUAAACUGCAUGAUGCAGAGGAUAUAUGGCUCCAGAGUAUCUGAUACGAGGGCAGCUAACUGAGAAGGCUG